AUGCCUCCUCAAUUGUUUGCCUUGUGCAUUGGCCUUGACGAGUAUGCACAUCCCGAAAUUGAAAAUCUGCAAGGUUGCGUCAAGGACGUCAGUUCCCUUCAAGAUGCACUCGAGUUACGCUUUCCCGGCGCUCAAAUUCGCAGUCUGAAGAAUCAGGAAGCCACUCGGAAGGGCAUACUUGAUUCCUUCACGGCGCAUCUCGUAGAAAAUGAAAAUAUAUCGAUGGGUGACCCGAUUCUUGUAUAUUUCGCUGGCUAUGGGCAACGACUAGAAGGGGAGGAAAGGGAAGUUGAUGCGCUCAUCCCCUAUGACUACGCACCAGACAUCCCACCCAUAUUCGACGCUACCAUUCAUGGACUUUUGCAUGUGCUUGUCCAGACUAAAGGUCUUAAUGUCACGCUUAUUUUAGAUUGUUGCUUUUCCCCCGUCUUAGCGCUGUCGAAUGUACGCCGAAUCGUAGAUCCCUCGUGGUCGUCCCAUCUAGUGGAUUUCCGUCGUGAAAACAAUCUGGCGGGCUAUGGUGGAUUCUUCAACGACGAUCAAGCAUAUGUGUCUAUUGCUGCCAGCAGCAAGCAUAGGCAUUGCAACGACUCUGCGGCGGGUGGCUUUUUUACUCAGGAUAUGGUUUUGGCGAUGCGUUCCUCUUGGCCGUUAAGCUGCCGGGAGCUUACCGUGCUCACUCAAAGGUGGGAAACAAGUACCAGAGGCCAGGUUUCCGUCUGCUAUGGUCCAUAUCUGGACCGACUUCUCUAUAUGCUCCCGGAACUUCAUGUGAUCGCAAAACUGCGUGUCUUCACGAACGUCGAUCUCAGCCCCCAUUUACCGGAAAAGUCCGAAUCGGAUGCAUUUUGCCUUGUUUCGAGCAGAUGGAACUUGAACACAAAUGUGGUAGUACAUCCAUCGAGACAAAGCACGGCGAACAUUCAGCGCCUCGAUCGACUGACUGCUCGAUACGGCACCCGUUUAGUGUCAUUCCCAUUGAGGAAAGUUCCACAGGUCCUGAAUGGCGUUGCGCGGUUCAACCACUACCUGAAUCUUCGCCCAUCGUUAACCAAAUAUUCUUGCGUCGAGCGGCUCUCAGGCUUGCGACGGGGAAAACACAACUCCCAAUCAUCGUCUGUCGAGGUAUACCACUUUAAACCAGAUGGCGAGGACGGCGCGUGGAUUUCUGAUAACAUUCUACACGAUGGUGUUGUCCAUUUGGACAAUGUUCCAAAUGACCACUUACUAGGACUCAAAAUCACUAAUAUUAGCGACCAGGCCAUGUAUCCUUACGUCCUACACUUCGAUACGGACACAUACGAAAUAAACGUAUUGUACUCCCCAUUUCGCGAGGGCGAGGGUUUGCCACCAAAGCUGCUGAAACCACACGAAUCGUUGAUUUUUGGUCGCUGCCCUAAUCCGGAUGAUCUGGGCUUCGAUAUUCCCGAGAUUCCUUUUGGCAUUUUUCUAGAUGAGGACAAAACAGAACGAACAGCAGAAAUCAUCAAGGUGAUCCUUGCGCAAAAGCCUAUCGCUGUCGGCUAUAUGGCGCAAGCUUCACCCAUGACAAGUGGAGAGGAAAGAGGUGGGAACUUGAACCCCGAGGUCCACGAAGAGAUUCCAGGCGUAUGGCGAACAGAAACGGUAACUUUCGCCGUGCCAGCAAACUUCCGAAACGGCAACUAUGCGCAUUCAAGUUCCCGUGCGUUGCCUUUGGGUCUUUGGAGGAGACUGAAGCGCAAGGUGGAAGAACUGCUCAGCAUUUUGUCGGAAGGAGCAAAGUAA